AUGGGAGCCUUCGGCGCGUAUGACUGGAUCAUCGCCUUGGGAUUCAUCGGUGCGGCGCUCGAUGCAUACGGUAUCGGUGCCAACGAUGUAGCCAACUCGUUUGCGACGUCCGUGUCAUCGCGAUCAUUGACGCUCUUCCAAGCCACCAUUGCUGCUGCUAUUUGCGAGUUCUUGGGUGCCGUUCUUGCAGGCUCGCGUGUGACAGAUACAAUCAGAUCUAAGAUCAUUCAAACGUCGACAUUCAACGAGGAUCCAGCGGUGUUGAUGCUGGCCAUGCUCGUGGCAUUGUCAGUGUCUGCUACUUGGCUACUCGUAGCCACCAAGAUCGGCUUCACCGUCUCCACCACUCACUCGAUCACUUUUGCUGUCGUCGGCGUCGGCGUGGCAGCUACGGGCACAAUGGAAAGCGUCUCAUGGGGGUGGAAAGGCGUUGGGGGUAUCAUCGCGGGCUGGGCUAUUGCACCUGGCAUCGCCGGCAUCCUGUCGGCCAUCAUCUACACCAUUUGCCGUCUGUGCAUCCUUGAGCGCAAAGACAGCGCCAAAAAGGCGAUCAUGUUCGGUCCUCUCUUCUUCUUCGCGGCUACAGCUAUCCUUGUCAUGAAUGUCGUCUGGAAAGGUUCGCCGGGUCUCAAGCUCAACAAUUUGGCCACAGCUACUACAGUGGCUGCAAUCUUUGGCACCGCAUCAGUCGUCGCACUCCUGGCUUUCCUAUUCUGGGUGCCAUUUGUCUAUGCGCGUGUCAUCAGGGGCGAUUACACCGUACGCUGGUGGGAUUUCUUCAGAGGACCAUUGCUCUGGCGUCGCGUGCCUCCCGCUGACGCUGGUGCGUUUACUGCGCCUGCAGCCGUGCCCGAUUACUACAAGGGACACGGAGACACGCCCGCUCCAGAGAUAGCAGCGCUGUCAGCUUUUCAGGCCGGCACACAUGCAGUGGACGAGAAGAAUGUCAGGCAAGAGGCCCUUGGCGGCACCGAGUCACCGUCUACGGAGGACAAAGUAGAUCUCAAGUCUAGCACCGCAUUGACUCACGACAAGGUGCAAUUUAACGCGGAGGGCGAUCUCGUGCGCCCCCACCUGGAUGGUGAUUGGUAUCUUCCAAGCAACCUGGUGAUCUUGGCGAAGCACUAUACCAUACGAAAGCCGUGGCAUAACAUGACACGAGAUGUCGUGGCGAUGCAAGCAGGUGGUAGCGAUCGCGUUGCUUCCCGGAUUGCGGCCGUACAUGCUCAGGCAAAGCAGCAUCCCAACUCUACCGAGCACGCCUUCUCCUUUUUGCAAGUCAUGACAGCUUGCGUCAUGAGCUUCUCGCACGGCGCGAAUGACGUCAGCAACGCUAUUGGCCCCUUUAGCACAAUCUACCUCAUCUGGCGAACAGGUGCUACAGCUGGCAGUCGUUCUCCGGUUCCCGUGUGGAUCCUCGUCUACGGUGCAACAUUCAUAGUCAUCGGUUUGGCCACAUACGGUUACAAAAUGAUGUCUCGCAUUGGUAAUCGGAUCACGCUGCAUUCGCCUUCACGAGGCUUUGCGAUGGAAGCAGGAGCAGCUACGACGGUCGUCAUCGCCACGCAACUUGCCCUGCCCGUCUCGACUACGCAGACCAUCGUAGGCUCCACAGUAGCAGUGGGCCUUUGCGGUGGCUCGUGGAGGGCAGUCAACUGGAGACAGGUUUUGUGGAUUAUCUUUGGCUGGAUCCUCACUGUACCACUUACCUCGCUUGCUUCGGGUCUCGUGUUUGCGAUCCUCCUCAAUUCGCCACGCUUCGGCUAUGCUUCGACGGUCGCGAGUCAGUACGAAUAG